GAGUCGCGCAUUGGAAUCCAGUCGAGCCGAGUCGUUAGUUGAGUUAAGGCAUCCGUGCAGGUUGGACGUUUGUGCAAUAUACGAUUUUUUAUUUCGAUUUUUUCGCUUUAUUAUUGUAUUUAUGUGGUGUUUUUUCGUUAUUAUCGGUUUGUUUUGCUACGUUCAGUGCGUCGGGACUCAAGUGUUUACGAUUGAUUGGAAUAUACGGAGGUGAAGGGAGAAAAACCAUUGAAUUGUAAUUCAGAGUUGUAGCGUAGAUGGUGUAGCGAGCGCAGAGCAGUCUAUAUCGUUUAGCUAUCCUAAUGAGCUGUUACUAGUAGUGACUGUGUGUUUAGUCUAAUAUACUAUUGGAUCUAAGUGAUUAAGACCAGAACCGGAAACGUGUAUUCCGCGGAAACGACUGAAGGUCAGUUGUGGAACCUCUUCAUAACCAUCGUUUUUAAUGAACAGCUCACGCAAUAGUGUCUAACGGCUAGCAGAAGUGUAGCAGGUUGAAGUGAAAGAUCGCGACAUCAUUCGGUCAAAGCUUGGAGAUAGAGGGCGUGAAAGAGAAGGAGUUGUCCCAAUCGGCAUUUCUACACACUUUUUCGGAAAUGUUUUUGUGAAAGUUGGCGGCAUUUUGCUGUUUUAAACAUUGUGCAACCGGUUUGGGACACAAGGCUGUCAAGCUACCACCAGCGGACCCCAUCCCAGCCUAUCCGAGUGAAACUCCAAAACAAAUUAGCAGUCUCGUGAACACCAGACUCCGAAUGUCUGAGACCGGUCUCUUCUUAUGAAUAUGCGCGCGUGAUUUGUAUCGGGAUCCAGCCAAGUGCCACUUGUUUACAACUGGAAGAAACCAUUUCCGGCUUUGAAGACGGGCCGGGAAUAGUGAGUGGGUAAACAAACAUCUGGAAGAUCACUGCCGAAGGUGCUAAAUCCGAGAAAUACGUGUGAUUGUGUCGAUUGUUUCUGGUGAUCGAACGGAAGUAAGAACGUCGUCGUUUGUCAACAAACGAAGAGGUGUUAAAGUCACGUGUUCAGUGAAAUUUCAUCGCAAAGUUCGGAAAGCCUUCAUCUGAAUCUUCGUCGUGCAUUCGACAUUUCAAGCGAAGCCCGGUUCUGCAUGUGUUGUAUCUGUUAGUCAGCCUUCGAACGAGAAGUGAAGGUCACUUACGUUUCUGGUGAAUUGUACAGAAAUAUCUCCAGUGCUCGAAUCAGCUGUGAAGAAUUGCACUUAGUCUGUUGUGACUAAUACACCAAAACGUGAGAUUGAUUCGCUCAAUGCUGCGUUGUUCCAUCGUAGUACUUGGUGUAAUAAAAGCUAGGUGAUAGUGUUUUGUGGAUGAAUCAACCGUAGGGGAAUAUUGGCGGUAUAUCGAAGAAACUCAAAAACCUGUGGUGGGCAGCAGCUGAUAAGCAGAUAACACAUGGUAUGCAUCAAUAUGGAAAACGACCGAUGAUUCAACAUGAUCUACAUCCCACAAAGAACAGUACGACAAUUGAUACUCAGUUGAAGGUGUACAAAUACCAACGAUUUAUGUUUGCAGAUGCUUGACAGUUUCCAAUGAUGGAUUAAACCCGCAAAAUCAUCCAACUACAUUCAACUGUAUAUAACAAGAAGCAGAAAUCAACGCAGCAGCAAAUUUCAAUUCCAAUAAUUGAGAAAUAAAAGGAAACCAUCACAUCAAACCAAAGAAACAUAAAAAUUAUAUUACUUCAUUGAAAUGCUAUGAAGCAAUAAAAAAACUGCAAAGCAACAAACAACACCUCCUGCUAUACAGGCUCUACACUGACAUCGCAACUGCUCAAAGCCAUAUUUCAAAACCGUCCAUGAUGCAUCAUCUCAACGAUUGGAACAGUGACUAAUAGGAAACUCUCCGACCCAUUAACCUUUCCCGGACAGUCAUCUCUUCGGAAGCAGUGAAAGCUCAACUGAGGAACCAUCUGACACAAAUCAUCGGUAGCACCCUUUUCCCCAAAACCCUCCUUUCCUUCCUCAAAUCGUCGGAUCCCUGCCAAAAGAAACAGUCGGUCAAUGUUUCACCAUCGACAUCACGCCUCAUCCUCGCAGCUUUCCUCGUCCUCGUCGGUGGGCUCACCGAUGAAUCAGAGAGACCUGGAAGCGGAACUGGACGAAUAUCUGUCGGAGUACAAACUGCAGGGACCGCUCGAACCAAUCAGUCACUAUGCAGAUGGAGAACUAGAAGCAGAAUGGUUGAAUGCAGCCGGAUUUCCACAGUUGACCAGAGCCUUCGAAGAGGGCCGCGAGCUUUCCACUUCCGAACUUGUUCCAGUGAUUGCGGGACUCUCAGUGGCCCACGCAAAAGCGGUCAAACACCGCGUGGAAGCUCUUAACAGAACAGUCCGCGAAGGACGCCGUAAUCGGGGCAGCAAAAAGCCGGACAUUCGCGAUGUCUUCCGUGACGUAGAUUCGUCCAGCACGGGGACGCGUUCCAGAAGUGCAACCCCCGAUUCACUGGACUCGCUGCCAGGCGACGACAGCUGGAACAAUGGAAACCUAAUAAAUAAUCAUCACCAUCAUAUCCCGAGCUUUGUGUCCGUUUUUGACGGGGGCAAUGGGCCCGUGGUGCGCCCAACACCGAUUCGCAAGCAGCAUCUGCGUCGAACGCCCAGUGCACCGCUACGUGGUUCUGCGAGCUGCUUCCGCGGUUCACAUGUUCGCUGUGAUAUUCCCUUCCAUAAUGGUGAAAGGAUAGAGUUAUUGAACUAUCAGAGAUUAGGAACUAUACACAUACCAAGGAUUCGAUCAGGUUCAGAUCCAUCCUGUACAAUUGGAACGCAUGGUGGUCAACACAUUUCCGGAACUCGUAGCCAUACGAAUUUGUACAAUGACAAUCAAAGCAAUGAAGAUUCGGGAAACUCGUCGUCGGAGCAGAGUCCCCCGAACUCACCGCCUCGCAGUAGUUUGCUUUGUUCUGUCGAGAACUCUCCCCUACGCUCGUCCUACGAACCCGUCAGUUUCGAGAGCAUGAUCAAACAGACAUCGACGCCCCAUGAGUCGUCGCAAAGCCUGUGGCAGCUGCAGCAGGAUCACCGUGAAUCAUGCUGCGAUAUAGAUAAAGUAUCCGAAGGUGACUUCAAACGUUUACAACCACUGCUGUGGCUGGAGCUGGCCUCCUUAUUCGACAAGAAUCACGUCGCCCUGGACAAGCGGAAACCAUUCAAGAAACGAAAGGAGGAAGGAAACGUCUUUGGAGUGUCACUAAACGCCCUGGUGAGACGCGACCAACAGAUAACCGGAGAAGAUACCACCCUAGUGCCUCUGAUAUUGCAAGCGAUCUUAUCCGAGCUAAGGUUACGCGGUGCUAAGGAGGAAGGCAUCCUGCGAGUGCCAGGACAUAAACAGAAGACCGAAACACUCUACAAUGAAAUCGAACACAACUUCUACUACAAACCGGAGAAAGUGGAACCCCUGAUCAAGAAGGCAGGCGUACAUGAUCUCAGCGCGCUGCUCAAGCGAUGGCUGCGAGAACUACCUCAACCCUUGUUGGCAAACGAUCUGGUGCAUUUAUUCUACCAAACGAACGUCUACCCUCCUCACGACCAGUACAAAGCGUUGGCCGUGCUCUGUCAACUGUUGCCGCACGAGAAUCGCAACACGCUGCGGGAGCUGUUGAACUUCUUCCGGCUGGUGGUGAAUCUGCAGGAUUCGAACAAGAUGUCUCAGCAGAACGUGGCAACCAUCAUUGCGCCGUCGCUGUUUCCUCCAAGGUUCAUCCAUCCUCCCGACAAGAACAACAUCGGAGCCCAGGUCCGCAUGGCUGCGCAGUGUUGCCAUCUGACGAGCGUCCUCAUAACGAUUGCCGACGAACUCUGGCGAGUGCCAACCCGGCUCAUCGACCAAAGCAAAAUGAUCAACAAAAAUGGACAGCCCAAACGACAGUUGACCCGCAAAGCCAAAAAUCCUACUCCAAGCAACGGUGACUUUGUCAUCGAUACCAACCACAUCCACAGACUGGUUAUCUGACCAGAAGGCGGUUCAGCCCAUUCACAUUUCCCCUUUAGCCUAAGGUACUACUAUUACGCGCAAUCAGGAUCUUAUCAUAAAUGGUGCAUCUUUUCGCCGACCACGCUGCCGGACAAACUGGGCGAAAUAAUGAAUCCCAGACAGUAUCAAUUUACGAUCACAAUAAACCUUAAUAGUAUACUGCUAAGCCGUAUAUCACUUGAGUGGGCGUGCGGUUCAGACUGCACUUUGUGGCAGUUUGAUGUCUUCUCACUUGUUAUAGAUUGGAAACGUAGGCACAAGCAAUUUCCGCUAAUUAUUUAAACAAUCGAAUGGUUUGUUUUACCACGUGUGAGUGUUUCUGGUGUAUCUUGCUCUUCAAGUGCUUACCCCCAAUUAUUGCGUUUAAACGAUAAUUAUUACCCAAACAGAAGAGAAAGUACGCGUGUGUUGCUAGAUUUAGAUAUUUCCAUUCGGUCCCGAUUGAAAUGGAAAUGAAACUAAAAAUAGAAUUAAUGGAUAUCAUCCGCUAAAUUUAACCUCAACUGUAUUAAUACAUUUAGUUUGGGAAAAUUUUCCGGCAGCCAUAUAAUCAGGAAUUUGAAGUGCUGUCUGCGUGGCACGCUGAUAUAUUAAGAGAAAGAAGAAUCGUACAGUUUCGCGUACAUUCUCUAAAGCUAACAGAAGAAACUGGAGCAUACGUAACUCACGUCAAUUGAUGAUGAUAGUCAUUGUAAUCUGUAUUUAUUACGGUAUUAUAGUCAAAGAUUGUAUAUAUUCUGAUGGCAAUCAAACUUAUAAUGUGUAUAUAUAGAAGUGAUCAAAAUACGAUAAAAUAAAUAUGUACCAUGAUGUUCUUCGUAAA